GCCCGCAGCCCCCGCCGCAGCCUCGGGCUAGUCUAGCGCCCGCCCCCUCGGCCCCCGGCCGCCCUGCGCGCUGCAUCCACCCACGCUCCUCCCCUCUCGGCCCCGGGGAGCCCUCGGAGCCGAGGCGGAGGCAAGCAGCGACAGCGGCAGCAGCAGCAGCGGCAGCAUCACCAACGCUCCCACGACUCUCCCCGUCACCAACAACCCCACAGACCGCAGGGCUCGACAGUCCCCGCCGGGCCCCAGAAAGCACUAGUGGAAACAGAAGAUGGCGAGUCCGGGACCCCGGGAGGAGAAGCAGGAGGGAGGAUGCUGUGCGCGGGCAGCCGCCGUGGCUGCCCCGGCUGCCGAGGAGGAAGAGGAGGAAGCUGCGCCCGCGGCGGACACCGAGCGGGGGGCUGCGGCCGGCGCUCCCCGGCCCUUGGAGAAGACCGCCGCCGAGCCGGCGGGGCCCCGGCGCCCGUGGGAAGAGCAGGCGGCGGCCGCGGUGACUUGGCUGCUGGGGGAGCCGGUGCUGCUGCUGAGUGGCUGCGUCGGGGAUGCUUUGAGCUGGCGGAGGCCACUCCGCAGCCUGAUGGGCUUUGUCUGCGCCAACCUGCUGUUCUGGUUUCUUGCACUGACACCCUGGAGAGUGUAUCACCUGAUUUCAGUCAUGAUACUUGGACGUGUAAUUUUGCAAAUAAUAAAAGAUAUGGUAUUAUCUAGAAUGAAAGGUGCACAGUUGUGGAGGAGCCUCAGUGAAAGGGCUGAAAUGCCUGAAGGUGAAGACUUUGGACAAGGCGAAAGCUGGGAAGUGGUAAAUUCCAAAGCCGAUGAAAAGCCUGGACUCAGCCAAUGUAUUGCAGAAUCAUGGAUAAACUUCAGCUUAUUUCUUCAAGAAAUGGCACUCUUUAAGCAGCAGAACCCUGGCAAGUUUUGCCUCCUGGUCUGCAGUGUGUGUACAUUUUUUACGAUCUUAGGAAGUUACAUUCCUGGAGUCAUACUCUCCUACUUUGUAUUACUCUGUGCCUUUUUGUGUCCACUGUUUAAGUGCAAUGAAUUUGGACAAAGAGUAUACAGCAAGAUCAAAUCAUUUCUGCUGAAACUAGAUUUUGGAAUAGGAGAAUAUAUUAACCAAAAGAGGCGAGAAAGAUCUGAGGCAGAUAAAGAAAAAAAUCACAAAGAUGACAGUGAAUUAGACUUUUCAGCCCUUUGUCCUAAGGUUAGCCUUACAACUGUUGCCAAAGAGCUAUCUGUGUCUGACACAGAUAUAUCAGAAGUAUCUUGGACUGAUAAUGGGACCUUCAAUCUAUCUGAAGGAUGUACUCCACAGACAGACACUUCUGAUGAUCUCGAUCGACCCAGUGAACAGGAAGAAGCUUUCUCCAGAGAUCUUUCAGAAUUUCCAUCUCUAGAAAAUGGCAUGGGAACAAAUGAUGAAGAUGAGUUGAGCCUUGGCUUGCCUAUCCAGUACAAAAGAAAAAAAGAACAGCUGGAUAGUGGUCACAGACAGAGUAAAGAGAGGCAUUCAGCAGCUGGUCUUUCCCUUCCUCUGAGCAGUGACCAAACCAUUCACUUGAUGGGUAAUCUGGCUGGUGAUGUCAUUGUAGCUGCAAUGUCUGCUGCCAUCAAAGACCAGUUGCAGCAGGGAGUGCAGAAAGCAUCUUCCCAGUCUGCACCUAGCCCAGGGGAUGACACAGAUACAGAAGAAGGUGAUGAUUUUGAACUACUGGACCAGUCAGAGCUCGAUCAGAUCGAGAGUGAACUGGGACUUACACAAGACCAGGAAGCAGAACCACAGCAAAAGAAAUCUUCAGGCUUCCUUUCAAAUCUGCUGGGAGGCCAUUAACUUGGGAAUCAGAGCUUGCAACAGAGCAGAAAUAAACCACAAAAAAAUUUAAAACAAACAAAAAGAAAAAAAUAGAAAAUUAUAUGAGCUGUGAGCUUUAACUAUUACUUUAGAUUUGUUGUCCUAUUUUCCCUUCUGCAGUGAAUUAACUGGAUAUAUAUCAGCUGAAAAUGAAAAUUUAAUAUUUCUGAUCAUUAUACCUAGGCUUAGUAAGCAUGGAAACGAAUUCUAUAUCCACAGAGAAGAAC